AUGCUUCUGAGUAGUGGGCUGUGCGGGUUGCGUAGUACAGGAUCAGGGGCCGGGCUCCGGUGGGGCACCGCGGCGCUGAGCUCGGGCGCGGCGACGCGGCAGGCGGUGUUCAGCGCGGAGCAGCUGGCCAAGGCGCGGGAGGACCGGCAGCGCGCGCUCGGACCGUACCUCUCGCGGCUGCCGGCGCGCGUGGUGCCGUAUGCGGAGCUGAUGCGGUUGGAGAAGCCGGUGGGGACGUGGCUGCUGUACAUGCCGUGCAGCUGGGCGAUUACGAUGGCGGCGACGCAGACGGCGGCGCCGCUGGCAUCCACGGCGGCGAUGCUGGGGCUGUUCGGGGCCGGGGCGCUCAUCAUGCGGGGCGCAGGGUGCACCAUCAACGACCUGCUGGACCGCGACCUGGACAACAAGGUGCUGCGCACGGUGGAGCGGCCGAUCACAAGCGGGCGCGUGAGUGCAGGGCGCGCGGUGGCCUUUCUGGGGGCGCAGACAGCCGCGGGCAUCGGGAUCCUGGCCUGCCUGCCGGCGGGUUGCUGGUGGCUGGGGUUGGCGUCGCUGCCGCUGGUGGCGACGUAUCCACUGUUCAAGCGGUUCACGUACUACCCGCAGGUGGCACUGUCGGCGUGCUUCACGUGGGGCGCGCUGCUCGGCUUUCCCGCGAUGGGCGUGCUGGACUGGGGGACCAUGGUGCCGCUGUACCUCAGCAGCUUCCUGUGGUGCAUGACCUACGACACAAUCUACGCGCACCAGGACAAGGCGUUCGACAUCAAGGCGGGUAUCAAAUCCACGGCGCUGCGCUGGGGCGACCGCACGCGCGGCAUCUGCGCGGGCAUGGCCACCGCGCAGAUCGGGCUGCUCGCGCUCGCGGGCGCCAACAGCGGCCUCCUGCUGGGCCCGGGCUUUGCCGCGGGGCUCGGCAUCUUCGCGUACCGCCUGUACGCGAUGAUCCGCAACGUGGAUCUGGACAGCCCCGCCGACUGCUGGCGCUGGUUCCAGAGCAACAUCCGUACGGGGCUGUACUUCUCCGCGGCUCUGUUCUGCGACUACCUGCUCACGAUCUUUGGCGUUAUGUAG